GUUUAUGGUGCUCCAAGCUAGGAUGUGUACGACAUACAUGCUACAGACGAGUCUAGCCCAGCGCGUGCUGCGGAUGCAGUUUGUCUUCUCCGGCAUGAAACCAUCAUUGAGGCGGACAUUAAUCGAGGUCUCCUGGAGGUACUUACACGCCGCAGUGCCACCGACCGCCAGCAACUCAGUGAAUCAUCAUUCCCACCUCCACCUUCGUUUUCCACCUUCCGGCGCAGUUGACUCUGCGAGUCGAGACAAUUAUUGUUCAGGAUGCCUAAGGUCGAGCGCGUCGUGUUCCUCUCGCUGGUGCUGGAUCUAUUUGCGUUCACCAUCCCUUUGCCCUUGUUCCCGCGUAUCAUUGAGUGGUAUACCAAGCGGGAAUCGUCCGAUCCCUCAGGCUUCCUUUCACGCACGCUCUAUUUCGUCUCAUCCGUCCGCGGGCUCCUCUACAAGCCUACUGCAAACCCUCAACGAUGGGAUGUGGUAUUGCUCGGUGGUCUAAUGGGCUCGGUGUUUUCAAUGCUACAAUGGUUCGUCUCCCCGUACAUCGGGUCACUGAGUGACAAGUAUGGGCGUAAACGAGUGCUCCUCGUAACCAUGAUCGGCAACAUUCUGUCUGCGCUGAUAUGGGUCAAGUCAACCACCUUCGCUUCCUACAUGCUCUCCCGAGUUGUGGGCGGUCUGAGUGAGGGAAACGUGCAACUUGCGAUUGCAAUCCUAUCCGACGUCUCCAGCCCCGCGACGCGCGCCAAAGCCCUCGCUCAUGUUGGCAUUGCUUUCGCGAUUUGCUUCUGCAUCGGGCCGCCUAUUGGUGCAUACUUUGCGUCACGCCCGCUACCACCUACGUUCACCGCUUCUGGCAUCGAGCUGAAUGUCUACGCGACACCUGCGCUACUUACCCUCGUUCUGCUUGUUCUCGAGACGAUCUUCCUUAUUGUAGCACUCCCUGAGACACGAGGAAAACGUGCACACAUCGCAAGUAAUACGAAGGAAGCAAAAUCUAGCCACCCCACCAAUGGAAGAUUUGAUGUACACUCCAAGACCAUUAGUGUGACCAAGAAGCCGGCCACGGUCGAGGAGCGUCUAAGCCUGCUCAAGACGCUGCGCAAGCUCCAUUUUCUAUUCCUGGGUAUUUUCUCUGGUGUCGAAUUCACACUCACCUUCCUCACGUUCGACCUCUUCGAUUGGAAUAAUAGGCAGAACGGCGCGCUCAUAGGGUCGAUUGGCGUAGUCAGUGCCCUCCUACAAGGCGGCUACGUGCGGCGCGCGAUCCCCAAGGUCGGCGAGGGCAUCAUGGCGCGCCGUGGCAUCUCAAGCUGCGCGCUCGGCCUGGUACUCCUGUCCGCCGUGCCCGUCCUCGCCGACACGCGCACGUCCGCGUCCGUCACGCUCCUGCGCGGCGCGGCGAUCUGUCUGGCGUUCACCUCCGCGACGGUCGUGAACUCGCUGACGUCCUACGCGUCGCUGCAGUGCGACGAGGGCGUCGACGAGGAUACGGGCAAGCCGGUCGAGGAGCACCCCGAGCUGGCGAAGGGCAAGGCCCUGGGCAAGUUCCGCUCGUCCGGCCAGCUUGGCCGGGCUCUCGGGCCCCUGCUAGCGUGCGCGUCCUACUGGACGUUCGGACCAUCCGUGACAUACGCCGUCGGUGCAGUGGCUAUGUUUGCGCUAUCCAUGGGCACGAAGUCUAUCGCCAGAAAGACCGUCUCAUGAUGCUGUACUGCCGUUAUACACACAAUGCAGACAGGCCAUUCUAUGUAUAUUUCGCCAGAGUGAACGUUGCGGACACCGUACACGGACGUCAGUAACCCUGAGCGACGUAGAUCCCUCAAGCCUGCGAGGAAGUCCAGAGCAUCGACGUAGGCAGGCGGUGCAUUCAAUGAAAUAGAUAUAGGAAUGGUGUUAUGCUACUCGAUAAUGUACCUGCUAAGGAAU